GCGACAGGCGAAGGUCGCCGUCGCCCCGCAGGUCGCCGUCGCCCCCGAGGGGCAGGAGCGCUGCGGUCCCGAGGACCGGACUCGCAGCGCGCCUGGUGCCACCCGAGCUGGCAGCGCGCCGGGUGUCACCCGAGCCACAGGGACGGCCCGCAGCGGCGGCGGUGCUGCCGCGGGCACCCCGGAGCAGCACGCCGUCGCCGCCCUCGAGGAGUUCCCUCCGCUGCCGCCCGACCACGAGGCGCGCGGCAGCCAGGCCAGCACCCCCGGUGCUGGCGCCGGGGGCGCCGCCUCCGAGGAC